AUGAACAAGGACAAGAUCUUCAAGUUGGCGAAGGGGUUCCGGGGCCGCGCCAAGAACUGCAUACGGAUCGCGAGGGAGCGAGUGGAGAAGGCGCUGCAGUACUCGUACCGCGACCGCCGCAACAAGAAGCGGGACAUGCGAUCCCUCUGGAUCGAGCGCAUCAACGCCGGCACGCGCCUUCAAGGAGUAAGAUGCCCCUCCUCCUCCACCGUAAUGCUUCCUGAUCUAUCUAUCUCUUUCAAUGGUGCGAGAACUUGGUUCGAUUGGCUGUUGAAGCGCGGAAACUAUUAUAGGGGGUACUGGAAUGAUUUCGACCUUGGACGUUUGAUAGCAGGAUUAGCAACAGCUUUAAGUAAAGGCCGCGGAGAAUUUCAUAUUGCUUGCCAUUUCAGGUUAUCAGUGUGGAAACCGUUGAUUUUUAGGGAUAAACCUUGUGAAUGAUCUUGACUUAUUCUUUGGCUCCAUUGAGACAUAAAACAAGCUUCUGCAGGGUCGCCAAAGUAGAAUGCAUAAUCCAUCAUUACCCUACCACCCACCAUUGAUGAUUCUGCAGUCGAUUCUCUUUCCUUUUCUCUUAUAGUAGCCAAUUCUAGCUUAUUCCUUGAUACCAGAGAUCGCGUGUUUCUCUUCCGAAUUCUUUGUUUCCCCUUGGUUAAGGAAGAUGCGCGGUUUUCGACUUCAUCAUCUUCUCCUUCUCAUCAACUGUGCAUAUGGCAUCAUUUAUGGAAACCCGUUACCACGCAGGAUUCUUGUGAAAACGAAUAUGAAUUGUCUAUUGGGUGGGAUGGCAGACUACACCAUGAACCAAUUUAAUUUAUAUGAAGCAGUCAUGGGUUUACCCUGCAAACAAAACAGAAAAGAGUCACUAUUCAUGCUUGUCUCUUUUAAUUGAUUUAUUGGAUCUAUCCAUUAUUCCAUAAACCUAGAAAGUACAAGAGAAGAGUUGAUCUUCAAUUUUUUUAUUGAUUAUCUGGGUUUGAUCAAAAUUCAUACAAAUAGCUGCAGUGCAGCAACAAAAAGGGGGAAAAAAACUCUCAAUGGUGUAAAUUAAACAAAAUUGUAAUCAAUAGAAGUGGAAGUUGCAGCAGUUGUCUGAUGAUCGCUAUAAUAUUAAAACUAAAAAAAAAGAAGAGAAGAACAGCAGUACUUUAACUUGGCAAACCAUCAGAAGAUUCUAAUACAAUAGGUACACUAAUCAGCAUGGCUAAUGAAGUCGCAACUAAUGCAACAAAAAAAAAACUAUUGGAAAGGAAUAUUUAUGCUUCCUCGCCUCGCUUGAUCGUGUCUUUCUUGCUGAAACUCGACUUAAACGCAUUUUCAGUAAGCAGUUUGAUGUAAGGUUGUCUGAUUUCGUGCAAGCUAUCAUCAUGAACUUAGCUUUUGAGAUGGGUAAUGCUGUAGUAUCUGUUGUAAUCUGAGGUUGCCCAGAUCCUUAUCAAUGAGUAAACGCAAAACCCGGUCAACUGUUUAUCUAGUGUGAUGAGCCUAUUAUUAUUGAGUGAACUGACUUAUUGACUCCAUGCUCACCUCUUGAAUAUUUCUACUAUUUACACGAAAAACUGCUCGUUAAUGUGCUUCUAAUUUGGAGAAACUCUCGUACCAGAGACCUGUUUGAUAUGCUGCCUAUUGAUGAUGUGAAGAUAUCACUCUGUGCCCUGGCAGGAUCAUCAUUGAUGAACUUACUUUGGAGUCGCGGGUAAAAUGUUUUGGAAAACUAGUAACUAAUUUGCAUGUCAAGUUUCUUUUUCUGGCCGUUAUCAUUAUAAUACUCUAAAACCUGAUUGAAAAUAGAGAAAAUUGAGUCAAACCAUUGACUGGAUGGGUUUAGCGUUUAAUGUUUCGGGUUUCUUUUAAAGUAGGUCACUACUCUGUCGUUGGGAAAAUAGGCUUUAAGUCGAUCUGUGAAGUUAUUUCAUGUUUGUUCUCUAUGUUCGUGGACGUUUAGUAACUAUAACUUCCAUUAUAUUUAAUGGCGUAGUGAAUUGAUUAACUAUGCCGUGAUGUGUUUGCAUCAUCGGAUGCUCUGAUAUAUAACGGAGGGAAAUUCUCCGACUAUGCCUACUCGUGUUUUUCUUUAUCUGGGACUCCACUCGACCAUUCCAGAGCUGAUUGUGUUCAAUCAAGGGGCGUUCUUCUCGUCAUAUACUUUGCGCCAUACGUUCUUCAAUGAAAUCUCAGGCCGCCCACUUUCUGAAAGGAAAUAUAUAUGUAUAUAUAUGCUGCCACAAAGCAAGAAAGGUCAGAUUAUCUUGUUAGAGAGCACUUUUCAUCUAUUGCUGGUUCAUGGGACGAAGCUUUGUGAUCUUGAAGGACUGAAGCUACAUUUCUAUUUAUGCCAACACUGGUUACCGCAGCCCAUGUUUCCUUGUCUGACAUAGAUGACCGUCUUUAUGCUGCUUGGGUACUGAAUAGCCAGCCUCUCUCCAGUUCUUCAUCAUCUCCCCUAGUGAACUGUGAAUGCCGGCACUGUCCCUGCUUGUUGCAAUACUGCAUGGGAUAUGCUCUCUCAUUCUGGAUGCUGUUGUUACUUGGGGAAUUGCGAAAUGAGUGGAGGACCCUAUGAAUGAGUUAGUUUAUCGAGCUCUAUAUCUGACGUUCGCCAUUUUCAGGUGAAUUACGGCAACUUCAUGCACGGGCUGAUGAAGGAGAACAUCCAGUUGAACAGGAAGGUCCUGUCGGAGCUGUCCAUGCACGAGCCCUACAGCUUCAAGGCCCUUGUGGACAUCUCCCGGAAUGCAUUCCCGGGCAACAAGAUCCCCAAGAAGGAGGGUACCUCAGUGGCCCUGUGA